CUGGGCCGGGCCCGGGCCCGGGGCGGCGGGGAUGGGGGGCGGCAGCAGGCCGGGCCGCGUACCGCGGCGGGGGCCCGCCUGCCUCUGGGUGGUGCUGGCGCUGGCCUGGGCGGCGGGGGUCGCGCUGGCUACGGAGGGGCCGGCGGAGGAGGCGGCGGCAGCGGCGGCGGCCGGGCUGGCGGGCGCCGAGGAGCCGUGCGGGGCGGAGGGGUGGGCGCAGGAUGCCGUCCCGCCGGGCGCGGCCUUCGUCGCCGCCGCGUCGUACCGCGGCCCCGGCAACAACGACUCGCGGAGCAACAAGGCGCUGCCCAUCCUGCUGUGGUGGAGCGGGAGCCUCUUCCCCCACUUCCCCGGCGAGACGGAGCGGAUCGACUGCCCGCGCGGCUCCUGCCUCGUCACCCGGAGCCGGCGGGUGGCCCGGCACCGCCGCACCAAGGCCCUCAUCUUCUACGGCACCGACUUCAGGGCCUACGAGGCGCCGCUGCCCCGCCUGUCCCACCAGACCUGGGCGCUCUUCCACGAGGAGUCCCCUAUGAACAACUACGUCCUCUCGCACUCGCCCGGCAUCCAGCUCUUCAACUACACGGCCACCUUCCGCCGGGAGUCCGACUACCCCCUCACGCUGCAGUGGCUGCCCGGCGUGAGCUACUUGCGGGGCCCGCCGGUGCCCCUGGCCGAGAAGGAUGCGUGGCGGCGGAGGGGCUAUGCCCCGGUGCUCUACAUGCAGUCCCACUGCGAUGUCCCUUCGGACAGGGACCGCUACGUGCGGGAGCUCAUGAAGUACAUCCAGGUUGACUCCUAUGGGAAAUGCCUGCAUAACCGUGAGCUUCCCAGUGAGCGACUGAGACACACGUCUACAGCCACCACAGAAGAUGCUGAAUUUAUGACUUUUAUUGCCAGGUACAAGUUUCAUCUGGCCUUGGAGAAUGCCAUAUGUGACGACUACAUGACAGAGAAGCUGUGGCGUCCAAUGCACUUGGGUGCUGUCCCAGUAUACCGAGGCUCCCCAGCUGUGCGGGACUGGAUGCCAAACAACCUCUCCAUCAUUCUCAUAGAUGACUUUGACAGCCCCCAAGAGCUGGCAAAGUAUCUUGAUUUCCUGGACAAGAACGGAGAGGAGUAUAUGAAGUAUCUAGAGUAUAAAAACCUUGGUGGAAUCAAAAACCAGUUCUUGAUAGAGAGCUUGGAGAGGCGGGAGUGGGGUGUGAAUGACAUGACUCUGCCCAAUUACCUGAAUGGCUUCGAGUGUUUCGUCUGUGACAGGGAGAACACCCGGGUCAAAAUGGAGCAGGAACACAAAAAGUCUCGUGGGAAAAUUCCAGCUCCCAGACCUCGCAUAGCUCAGUACAAGCACAUGGGAUGUCCUGUGCCAACCCCUGGGUUUGGAAGUGUUGAAGACCUCUCUGGAGGAGACAGAUCUUCUUUUGCUUGAGCAGCAGAUGGCAGUAGAGAAAUACGUUUGAAGGCCCAGCCUGGGUGCCUAUGUCAUUUACUUGCAAGCUCAGGUACUCCUGUCAUUCUGUGCAGUGGUCCUCAGCAAGGAGUUUUGAACAGUUGGUCCAUAAUCCAAGCUGCAGUUGCAUCCCAUGGAAGUUUCCAUGUCUCAUUGAACCGGAGUAUGUUAUUCUUCUCCUGUUUGUAGAUAUGAGAGGUGUCUGGAAAAAUUGUACCAGGGAAGCUUUUACAUUGUCUGCUAUCUACUUUAGAAAGAGAUGUAUCUAUACCUUCUGAGGCAUGAUCAAGGGGAUCUCCAGUGAAAUACAGUGGUUUCUAUCUUGUAAGCAUCUGAGUUUUCACUGUUUUUAUCUCCAAAAUGGAGCAUGAUUACUUAGAAUUGUAAAUGAUGUGACAGUAACAUAAAAUUGCUGCCAAAGCAUUAACUAAACAUGAUCAUAUUUUGUCAGAGUUUGACAGUAAUAUAAUGUCAACAGUAUGAUCAAUUUAGAUGUUUGUCUACUGAGCCAGUCAAUUGUAUAUUUUGUUACUUUAGAAAACAUUAUUGUGGAAAAAGGAUGCAGGCCUAGUGGGAUUACAAAUGAUAGACUAUAUGCAACAUACAAGGUCUGACUAUAAACAUACACUGUGACUUCUGAGUUCUGGAGGCUUCUGGAACUAAGAGAACAACAAAGGCAAUUGGAGUUUAUAUAUUUUUAGAGCAAGUACCCAAUUACAAUAAGGUUACCCUGCGCAUUUGCAUGCUCUGUAAUCCUUAUUCCCAGAUGUAAUUUGUUUUUAGGGUUGACAAAUGUGCUGAAUUGACAGAACCGCUGCAUCAGAAUCUCUCUCUAUGUAGGUAUAUGUAGCCGGAGCACAUUAUUGUACCUUCACCUUGCUGUCCUUUAGCUCUAAGCAUGGAGAUGUGGUUCCUAAAUCCUUAUGCUUGCAGCCUCACUUGUAUUUGGACUUCUGGGCUUCACAGCCAAGUGAGCUUAAGAAGAAAGGCUGUAGAACAACUAUUUGUAUGUGUUAGGUUAUGGGUCAGUCACUAUAGUCUAUUGAAUUCUUGGCUGCUUUGUACAGAAAAUAGUGAGUUACAGUGCUACUGAUGAGUAGAAUACCUGUUUAGUAGGAACCAGAAUCGCCAAUUAUUCUUGGACUCCCAGCUUUGUGAAGAGAAACGUUUGGUUUCUUUCAUUGAUAACGAUUCAUUUUCCAAAAGUGGGGUGUUUGAGAGGAUAACUAUAAGAACACUAAGUGACAAUACUUUUCCAGUUACCUAAAGUUUUCAUCUGUGGUAGCAUGAGAAAAGAGAAGCCAGUGUGCCUUUGAUACAGGAAUAUUUUGAAACCAUCAUGGUUUUCCUAGUUCCAUUUUAUGUCGAUGUCACAGUUUAUUUAUGAUGAGAAUAAACAGCUUGAAAGUGUAUCAGAUUUGCCACGUGUACAGUGUAAGGUAUCUCUUGCAAUAGAAUGCAGUAAUCAGACAGGAUUAAAGAUAGAUCUGUAUCUCAUGGUAAUAAUGAUUCAGGUGUACAUAGUGGUAGUUUCAGGGUAUUUGUACAGUCUUGUUCCUUUGGGGGUACCAAUUUUUUCCAAGUUAUAUAAUCAGAAUGAAAUUAUUUUCUUAAAAACCAAUAACAGCAAUGUAAAAAGAAAAAUACCAAAGGGUUCUUAUUUAAUGUUUUUGACAAAAGUUUUCACUUGGAUACUGGAAUUCCUUUCAGUGUUGGUUCCAUAGAGUUCAGCUGGAAAACAUUUUCUGUUACCUAGUGCCACUUAGUCUUGUGUCUAGUACUUAAUGCAAGUAUACUCAUUUUCCUAACAUGUGCCCUUAUGCAGUGCUGUAAAAAAACAAGUAACUCAUGUUGGCAGUCCUUGAACAAAGGUUAAUGAAUUUAGCUAGUAAACAAUGUGAUCUCACAAUAAGUCCAAGUGCUGCAUUUUACAAGGGAACCUUUUGGCAGAUUUUUUUUUUUUUAAUGUGGAAGUAAGCCUCUGUCCAUGAUCCUUCAUAUUGUAAUCUAUAUUAAAAGCUUUAUUUUGAGGCCUCUGUUGGUGUACGCUGCAGAAAUGUCCCACCAUAGAUGAUGCUGUUGACCACAGAAAACUAAUUUCCAUGGCAUAAAAGUUGUAUGCUGCUCCACAAAGAAAGUGACUAUGACUUGUUGUGCGUUUCUUUUGGUCUUCCUGGAGUAAUGGGUGAGAUCUGCUUCUGGGCAGUGCAGCCAUGCUUGAUUUAAUAUAUGGUGUAUAGAAUGAAUGCAAACGGCACUGUACUUAUUUCUGUGAUUGGGAGGCAGAAGAAGCAAAAAGCUUUGUAUAUGUUAACAAGUGUUGGGUAACUCAUAUGGACAGAUUAAAAAGAGCAUCAUGUUUGGUCUUUAUUCCCAAAAUUUGUGAUGGGCUUAUGUGGCUAGGCAGCAGAUACAAUGGAGAAGAGAUAAAUAAAUUAUUGCCAUACCUUGAUAUAACACAGAUGAGGGAAGUAGUCCACAUGAUCAUGAAUGGGAAGGGAAUUGCUGAAAGUUGCAGUGAUGUAGUCUGUGCUAUGAAAACUUGGAGGUGUGCAUUGAAAAAGAGAAAGCCUAUACUUGACCAUCUAGUCUGGAGAUAAAGAAUAGAGUCAGGGCUGAGGGAUAUAAUGAUUUUUUGUCUCUGCCAUGUAUAACCUGAGUUGGUAAUGAGUAGCCGUCAUUCUCUAAUUGUUAAAUGGUUUAUAUGAAAAAAAAAAUAAUUGAUUCUUAGGCUGUUACACACAUACUGGCCAUAGAAGGCUACUCUCAAAAUUGUGUAAGGAUUCUGUGCUAGAUUUUAUUUCAAUAGAAGUUUUUAUUCUCUACAAUUAAUAAUUUAGUCUCUUUGGUUAAUACUAUAGUCGCAUGCUGAUAUUUCUAGAAUGUUGUAAAGCUAAUAGUGAACUUACAUUUUCUGUAGAGAAUUUUCAGAGCAAGUUUCUUUAAAUGACUUUGAAUGCAGUGGCACAGUAACAACAUGCUUUUUUAUGACCAUCUCUGGGCCUGUUUUCCUCUUGGGUGAAAGAAAAAAAAUGGUUUCAGUGCUAUUACAGCUGCAGACUCAUUUGGUUUU